UAGAAUAAAAAUACAUCUUUCCUCCUCACACAAUUGUCUUAUUUUCAAAAAUAAGGAUUUUAUUAUGAUUAGUUGAUGCUGCUAUUGAUGAAAGACUGUCACUUUGCUAGUUGAUUUUUGGCUUCAUUUGAAGAUACUUAUGUUGCUUUCUUAUUAUUGUUGGUGCAUAUUGAAUGGAAAGAACAAAGCUGAACUUCACCUGGUAAAUAUAUUAAGUUAGAGGUAACAAAAGCAAACAGCUAUGAAAUCAAACUUGGAGAAAUGGAGUUGAUCUGUCUGAAGCAGAAGACCUUUCUAUAGAAAAGUUGUUGUUGAUCAGUAAGUUGGACAAAUGGCAUUUUUCAGGAACUUGCACCAAAAUCUGAGCCUUCCCUCUGUGUCUUCUCUGGUUGAUACACUUAGCAAUGCUGUAGAUGAUCUGACCAAUGCUGUUGGAGAAGUUGGCUACAGUGUAGCUGAUUCAGUAACAGAACAAGUGACAAGCAUGAUAAAUGGCCUUCGUGCAGAGGAUGAAAGCUCCAAAAUACAGAAUGAAAAACCUAUGGAAGGUAGAGAGGAUACACUGUUAUUAACUCAUUCCAAAGAAAUUAAUAUGGGACAGGAAAAAAGUACUGCAGAACAUAAAGAGACUCAUUAUCCAAAUUCAUCAGAUUUUGUAAAAAAAGAUCUAAAUCAAGGUGGAGUAUUUGACCAUGUCAUGGGCAAAAAACAGUGCCAAUUAAAAGGCAGAGAUAGUAACAAUCAUUUUAAUGAGACAGAAGUACCUCAGGAUUUGAAGCAUGUAGGAAGAACUGUUAAAAGGGAAGCAGUUGGAGGAAAUGAGUAUUUAGUAAGUAAGUUCUCAAGGGACAGUAGCCUGAAAAGUGCUAAAUUUACAGUGGAUGGGUCAAUCAAGGAACAAGAUAAUUGCCUACAAGCAGUAUCAGAUAACUCAAAGAAUCACUUGCAAGGAAAAAUCAAACCACGAUCAUCUGGAAUUGAUUUUAAGGAUUCCAAAGAAGUGCACAGGACAAAUGUUUCCCAAGAUUUUCCAACAAAAGUGAAUGAAGUACAAAAGUCAAAAUUAUCAGAUUCCAGCUUGAAAAAGGCACACAGUGAUCAUUCUUUAAAAGAAAAGAAAUCUGAAGCGUUUUUUGACAGAAAAGGAAAAUCUGUAACAAAGGAUGGAGAUAAUACAUUAGCUACAACUACAAAAGCAGGUAAAAAGAAAAAUUCUAAGAAAUCAGAAAAAAGUUCAAGAGAGCUAAGUAAUAAGAAGACAGCAGAAAAAGUCAACUCUUACAUGAGUAAAGACCAGCACGGUUCUUCAUCUGAGAGUGAAGACGAAGCACUGGGUAAAUAUCAUGAGGCCCUGUCUAGAACCCAGAGUUCCAGGCUGCCAGUGGUGGAUGGCAGGCAACAAAAAAACUAUGUAUGGGAAACCAGACAAAAAUACAGUCCUCUGUCUGCAGAAUAUGAUGGAUACAGUAGUGAAGCCUCAAUAGAUGAAGCAAACUGCAUUCAGAGGAUGAGAAGAACACCUCCACUAGAUGAACUGCAGCCACCUCCAUACCAGGAUGAUAGUGGUUCUCCUCAUCUUUCAUGUACACCCUCUGAAGUUGGAGAUGGUAAAUGCGAAUUUUCCCAGUGCAGCAACAGUCCAAGGUGUUCAUAUAAGUGCCCAAGUGAGGGAAGCACGGGACGUGAAAUAGAAAGCUUCCAUAACAAAGGAUAUGAAGAGGAUGUACCAAGCGAUAGCACAGCUGUCCUUAGUCCAGAGGAUAUGUCAGCUCGAGGAUCAUCUUCGCAGCUUCCUAAACCUUUUGAUCCUGAGCCAGUAGCUAAAUAUGGCACACUGGAUGUGACUUUUGACUAUGAUUCACAGGAACAGAAGCUUCUGGUGACAGUGACAGCUGUCACAGACGUUCCAACAUACAGCAGGACAGGUGGAAGCUCGUGGCAAGUACACCUAGUUCUUCUCCCUAUAAAGAAACAGAGAGCAAAAACCAGCAUCCAGCGGGGACCGUGCCCUGUCUUCACAGAGACAUUCAAAUUUAAUCACAUUGAGUCUGAGAUGAUUGGGAAUUAUGCAGUUCGCUUUAGACUGUACAGUGUACGUCGCAUGAAAAAAGAGAGGAUUGUGGGAGAAAAGAUUUUUUACUUAACAAAAUUGAAUCUUCAAGGGAAAAUGUCAGUACCAGUGAUAUUGGAACCUUCUUACAGUCUGUCUGGUUGUGACUCCCAAAUGAGCAUGUCAGAAGUGUCCUGCAGUGAAAGUACCUCAUCUUGUCAGUCUCUGGUACAUGGCUCAGCUCCAGAAAUCCUCAUUGGCCUCCUUUAUAAUGCCACCACUGGAAGAUUAUCAGCAGAAGUGAUAAAAGGCAGCCACUUCAAAAACUUGGCAGCAAACAGACCACCCAAUACAUAUGUUAAAUUAACACUGCUGAACUCCAUGGGGCAAGAGAUGUCCAAAUGCAAAACUUCAAUCCGCCGAGGGCAACCAAAUCCAGUAUACAAAGAAACCUUCAUUUUUCAAGUGGCACUGUUUCAGCUUUCAGAUGUGACACUCAUAUUGUCUGUAUAUAAUAAACGCAGCAUGAAACGAAAAGAGAUGAUAGGGUGGAUUUCCUUAGGUCUCAACAGCUCAGGAGAAGAUGAACUCAAUCACUGGACUGAAAUGAAGGAAUCUAAAGGACAACAAGUAUGUAGAUGGCAUACUUUACUAGAAUCUUAAUGGAUGGUGCAAAGUACAGUCGUGGUUUAAGGGAGUUUUGUCUUUUGAGAAGAUCAUGUCCCGUGGUCACAGUCAAGAGAUUUGUUGUGGAAGUAAAAAAUUGAGAACUGAAGUCAACAUUCCAUCUUAAAGAAUGCACAACAUGCAAAAUGGAGCGAUUUAAUGCAUCAUCUUUACUUAGUAUCAGACACACUUUGUUGGUGUCAGAGAAACCUUACUUUACACGAAUAUGUUAGCAGUCCCUCCCCCAUCCACCUGAUGCUGUAUUGGUUUGGGUUUGUUUUGUGUUUAUCAAUUCAGAAAUAUUUUAUGUAAGACUCUCCAAAGUAAUGUAAGCUCCUCCUUGUGUACUUUUUUCUUUAGUUCUCUAAUACUGUAGCUUCUGACCUGCCUGCAUUCAGAUUAAGGGUCAAUAAUUUGCACUAUGAGAAAAAGUUAUUAAUCUGUAUAGCAAAAAAACCCCACCGAUGGAGAAGAAUAUUUAGUAUAGCAUAUAUGAAUAUACUGUUGUUUAACACUGAGUUUCUUUCCAGGAGCUUAGUACAAUUAAGUUUUCAUUUUUAAUAUACAGUUGGUUUGAAAAAUUCUAGCACUGGGGCAUCAGGUGAGCUUUGAUAUAAAAUAAAUGUUUCUUCGAUCUGUGACAGGGACGAGCUCUGUAUAUGGCAUAAAUUGGGUUUUAUCCCUCUUGCCUGUACUGCCUCAUCCAAAGAGACCAGAGCAUUAGUUUGGUCCCUUCCAAAUCUCCUUAGACAGGUUGUACUGUAAAACUGUGUAACUUUCUGUUGAAAGCACUUCUUGUAUUCAUGUAUUCCAAUGUAGGAAGCUCAAAGAGCACGAGUUUACUAAGAUGUCUUUUCAUUAAACAAUUGAUACGGAUUUCUCUAAAAUGUCAUUAAUUAGGUCGAAACACUGCGAAGGAAGCGGCAGCAGUUGAACUACUCAGAACAAACAGAAGUACUGUGGCUUUUGUUGAAGCAGACAUCCAUUUGAGUCUCUUAGGAGCUGUUUUAGGGAUUACUGCAUGGUGUUUAGUGGAAGCAGAGAGCAGACCAGGAGUUUUUACCUUUCUUCUUGGAGCCGAGAACAUCAGGGAGUUAUUUUUUUUUCAGUGACUUGCUGGCAACUGAAUGAAUGUUCGCACCCAAAAGAGAAAUUUGCUUGGCUUGCGUUCAGGUUGGGAACUGCAGCUUUGUCAUGACGACACAGUUGCAAAGCCACAUUAUCACAAGAAAGUUUGCCUUCAAAUAAACACUCACAGCUUCCACUGAAAUGAGCAAAGUAUCUGUGUUUCCAAGAUUGCUGUUUGGCCCUAAUGCUUUAACUACUGGCACACUUAACUGCCUGCCUGCCAGAUCCAGUUCAGAUUACUGAAACUGUGGAUUAUCGGGUAAAUGUUUUUUUAAAAAACUUCCCAAUUCAUUUUGCUUGUGAUUAUAGGUUUCAUUUACUUUUAAUAGUUGCUGUAUGGAAAGCAAGCAAAUUUGUAUUUCUUAUAAAUUAUGAUGUCUUAUUGAUAUGAGAACUCAGUGGCUGUUGCAGCACUUGGCAGGUAGAAGAGUGAAGUUUUGGAUUUUUUUGUGAGAAUUAGUGGUAGCAUGGAUCAUUCUCAUUAGGACAAAUGUUUUUCUCUUGAAUUGCUUUGUAAUACCUUUCAACAGUCCUGGCUUUAGGGUAUACAGUCAAGUACAGUGAAACUGGGGACAGUGAGUAUAUUGUAAUAAAGACAUUUCAUGUGGUUCUCAAAUUCUCACACUACUUAGCAAUUUCACAAGGUCCUUUUUAAAGGAUAUUGUAAUUCCACUUCUUAAUUUAUUUGGUGCCUUUCAAAUGGUUUAUUUGCAGAAACAGAUUUUCAGUUUUUAUUGAUUUAAAGAUUUAAAACACCUUAUUACAUGACUUUUGUUUUCUGAUAUUGCACUGCUGCUUCAUUUGCAGAAGCCUUAUCUACUAAAUACAUAUAAUCCCAACUUUCUUUAAGCAGAAAUUGUCUUACACUAAUGUAAGUUGUGUCUUUCAGUCCUUUUUGUUGCUUAGUUUGUGAAAUGUAAUGUUAAGUGUAGAAUUUAACAAAAAUCAACAUUAAUUUUAUAAGCAUAAGUCAAACACUCAAAUUUUCCCAGUACUUUUAGCUUUCCUUAUGAUAGAAGCACUGACGUAAGAACCCAUACUGAUAAAAAGCAGUUUUUCAAUGGAUAUAAAAGGAUAUUUUACUCAUUUUCUUUGUGGGUAUUGGGAUGCUUUUUCCUAAAACCGAAGUUGUCUGUUAACAGUGGUCUCUUAUGUAGGUUUUUCUUUAUAAAAUAGUGUACAGUACUUAACAGCAAGUCCUGAGCAAAUUAGUUCAAGUGGGAGGUUAAUAUCACCAUUAAAUAAAUUAAGUCAGUUUGGAAGGUGCAGCAAGUAACCUGUUACAGAAUCCAAGCUAAACUUAACAAUGUCAUGAUUUGGGUUUCAAUUUGUAAGGUGCACUGCUUCAGUUUUACAUGCUAAUCAUACAGAUUUAUGAGACAUUGAAAUCUUAAUUUAGAGACAGCAGAGAUUUAAAACAGCCUAUGUUGAGUGUACUUGGGAUGACUCCUUUCUAGCUCAUGUGACUUUUCCUGAGAUAUCUAGGUCCAAUUUGUGCUUCACCAAAAAAUGGUUUGGCUUAUUUGGAUUUACACUGUACAAAAGGUGGAAAUGAAUGUAUAAAAGACAGAAAUGAAUAUAAUUUUAGGCAGUAGAAUAUGGGUUUUCCAUGUAAAACCAGUCACACCAGUAACUGGAAUUUGCUGUAAGUUUUUUAUGACUUAGCUAUAGUAUCAGUAGCUGUCAUGUUGCUUUUUGUUCCUAGAUCUCGUUCUUAUGUUUGUCAUUUUCCUUUACUUAUUGCUUUAUGCAAAUCUAUACCUUUUUAUUUGAAAUCCACCUUUAGAUAAAGUUUUGUUAAAUGUUGCAUGGUGGCUUAUACAUAAAGUGUGUGUGUGGGGAGGGGGUUGUGCAUUUGGUUAAGUCUCAAGCAUGGAACAGAAUUCAUAAAGAACAAAGUAACGGAAACAGUUUGAGGCGUUUGUGUUUUCCUCAGAAUGGCCAGUGCUGCUUUUUUGUAGCUUUUUGUUAUUUACCUUCAUUCAAAAGUACAGUUAGUACCUGGAAGAAUUUAUCAAAUUCUUUGACUGCUUUUCUGUGUGCCAAAGUACCAUGUGAAGAUUGUAAUUCUUGAAUUGAAUUUGUUUCCUGAUAGCAUAGCCUUAAGUAAUUAAUUAAAUAUUUAAAUAAUUGUAGAACAACAAAGUUCUUACAGAUUCUAUACUUGGAAAUAUUUCCUCCUUUCUGCAUAUAAUCUAUUUGGAUUAAAGUUUAGAACAUUUUACAUAGGUUUCCUCAAAGGUACACUCUUAAAGAUUUAUAAGUAAGAGAAAAGGUGGUUGGCUCCAUUUAUGCUCUGUGGUAAGGGCGAGAUUGUGAUCCAACCGGCCAGUGCAGGCAAGUGUGAAAUCACUGUGCAGGAGGAUGAGAGGAUGUAUGGCCACUGUAGGACGUAGCUGUCUCUUAUCUACGAGGAGGCAAGGACUAAGCAGAGCUACGCUUCUGCUGCCCAUUGAGCUGGACAGCACAGGGGAACAAGCAUGCAGACGUAGGCUAGUAGCGGUGAGGUUCAAAGCGUGGUCCCUGCCAUGCUGCCUCGUGCUCAGGACUGAAGAGACAGAUGACAGCCGUGCUGUAACCACACAGUGAGAUCCGACUGCAAAGGCAGAAGUUAGGCAAGGUAUAAAUUCUGCUACUUGAGAAAUAUGAGAGGUGUGUGCUAUUACUGGAGCUGAAGAGUCUAUCAUUUUAGUGAAUUCUCAAGCUGAAAACAGGCUUUGCGGCAUCUACUGUAGAGAAUGUUUUCUCCUGUAAACUCUUGUAACCAUUCCUGGUGGCUAAUGUAAUGCUGGUAUCAGUACCUUCCCAUUUUCCAUAUCUUUGGAGCAAGUAUGUCUGUGUGUUGUUGACCUAAAAUCUGUAUUUGUGUUACUGAUUUUCUCUUUUCUCCCUAAUGACUUGCUGCUAUGAACUCCCCAGCACCCUGAGAAACUUGUGGCAGUCACUUGACCUCGGAAGUCAGGGACACUCUGCACCUCUGCAAUAAGGUCCUGGCGCAAUCUGGUGCAAAAUUCUAUGACCUGUUCAACUCCUGAAGGUUUCUAAAAUGCAAGGCACUGGAGUUUUAACAUGAUGAGGCAGAGGAAGAAAACUUUUUUUCUUUUCUUUUUUAGGCUAUAAGACAUUUUAAUGUAUGAAUUGAAUACAGAUCGCACUUACAACAUAAAAAUUCUAACAAAGUUUAUGACAAAAUCAGACAAUUAUGUUUUAGGCAAAGCCUUUUGGCCUUAGCUGAACUUGAGACUAACAGCAGAAUGCCCUUUGAUUUAACUGAGGCCUGUAUUGAGCCCUUUACCCUGUCCAUCACACUUUCUGGAGGAUUGCUGUCUCAUCUAAAGCAGUCUCUAAUAUUAUGGCUUGUGAACUGCAAGGCAGACUGAAUUCCUCCUUGAGCAGAAUUUUUAGUAACAGCUAAACAUUCAUUUAAUUCUCACUCUGAUAGGCAUGCGUACCUUCCAUUAAUGUUAAUGAGAGGAACUCAGGGGCCAUCAACAGGAGAAUAGACCUGACCCUGGAAGUGUAAUAGGAUCAGCAGAUUAGAGCUUUGAUACUGCAUAGCACCUGCAACAUAAGCAGAUGUAAUUUCAAUUAUGAAUGGGGGUAAAAAGCAAAUAUCAGGAGACUGUUACAAAUUUAAGUAUUUAAUUAUUAUCUCUUCUUUUUGUUUCUUUUUACUGUUCACUGUUAGAACAAGCCAUCCAAGAGUGUUCUUUGUUUUUGGCCUAUUUAACUCAACUGCCAGGUUUUGUAGUACAUCAAAGCUGGAUUUUGGACUAUUUUGUUGGUAGGUUUUAAGGGAGAAGUCACAAGAGCAUUUGCUUGUCAGCGAAUCAACACCUGAUGAAGUGAUGUCAUCUGAGAGUGAGAGCAUUAAGAUGAGUGAUGGCUUGAUACCAUGUUAUCUACAAUGACUCAGAUUCCACUUUUGGAUCCUUGUGGUCCUUGGAGGACCCUGCUCAGAGAAACAACUGUGGAAGCUGCACAUAUUCAAAGCUGCACGGAUUUGUGUGAGCACUUCAUGGCCUCUAACCUAAUACAUUUUACGGGUAUAAGAAGGGCAAAUAGUGUUCAGGAUGGAUACACACUGGCCUACAAUGAUACAGAUUAGUGUAGCCUAAAGAAUUUAUUACUCCCCCUCCAUAAAUUCAAGUAGGAUUUCUUCCUUUCUUCAGACUGCAGAAAGCUUGUGCACCAAACUUAUCUGCUUAUACCUACCUAAAUAUUGCACAGUUAUAUUGAUGUUAGCAAGCUUAGUCCAGAUGUAACAUGGUGCAACUGAAUAAUUUGGUCUGACAUGCUGGAUCAGGUUUUGAUGCACAGGCUUUUGCUGGUACAAUGUCAAAUAAGCUCCUUAUGAGCUGAAUGUGCCAGCAGUUACGAAAGUGGAUAGUACUGCUUCUUUAGGAAUGGAAACCAGGAACCAACUGUGCCCAGAAAACAGGCAAGGCUAGCCUAAUAGCAAGAAGGACGAGCCAGCUGCAUUAUGUGCCGAUUUGGUUCACUUUCUUGGAAGCAUAUACUGGCAGAGCUGGUAUAAAGCCCUGAGACUUGGCUAUGUCUGAGAGUCCCACUCAAGAGAGCAGAAGCAGUAAUAUAAUACUCUGAAGGAAUACCUCACGGACAUUGAGGGGUGUAAUUAAUGUCAUCCUUUUUCUCACAUGUCUGAGGACAGAAGGCUUGCCCACUGUAUUGUUUUGCUGUGCUUUCCAAAGCCUGUGGACAUUCACUGCAUGCCUAGGGUUUAAAAUGGAUUGAUUUAUAACUUCUGUUUGAUUUCCAAAGCGUAAGUUCAAAUGAGUCUACAGAAUUAACUAGAAGCAUUACCAUAGCUUCUGAGAUGUAAGGUAAUUUCUACGCCAUAUUGCAAGCAAGGAGCUGGGCUUUGAACAAGUUUUGAUAGUAAAUUUUGCAAAUGGCUUGUUAUGACGUUUUAAGAAAAUUUCUAAGCAGUUGAAUGUAUUAGGGAAUAUUAAUAAAACAGAAGAUAGAGCAAUGAUCUUUUUUUACUAUACAGCUAGUUUGCUAUCCUUUCCAGUAAACCACAAGGUUCAUUACUGCUUGGUACUGUUUCAUUUAUGAUAACUGUUUUUAAUGUGAUUUUCAUGACAAAGUGUAAUUAGUGAAAACUUUUAUUCAAUUUUUCCCUUUCUUUGCUUUUUUUAAGGAGAAAUUUCUCCUUAUAUAGUAUAUAUACUUUCUUACAGAGCUUUCUUACCUAUUUUUAUAUAAGAUGAUUUAACAAUGUAAAAUUAAAUGCUCUAUGAGCAAAGCUAUAUCACUGUUAAACAAUCUAAGUGCUAAAAUAAUGACUAAGGGCCUGAACCCUACUGCCUUUCACUCAGGUCCUGGUUUAACCACACGUCUUUCAUGCUGUGUAGUACCUUUGCCCAUAAGCAGUUCCAUCUAUGUCUUUGAGAUGACUCACAGAAAGGUACUAUUAACAUGAAUAACAGUGGUAAAACUGAGCCUCUUCUCCAUUCUUAGCGGGACAUCUGUCAUGAGUAAAGGCUGCUGGCUCUGUCCCAAAAUUAUGGUUAUAGAUUAUAGUUCCCUUGAUCUUCAGUAAUUUUGAACUUGUUUUCUGGUGACUAUAAGCUAAUAACUGAUAUACAAAUAUUGAAUUGUGCUGUUAUCAGCAAGAUUACUAAGAUGUGUUUCACAUUUUAAUUCAUUCUUUCGUAGGGAUAUAAGGAAUUGGAUUUGUGAAGCAUUAUAUUGCAUAGAUAGCACACAUUCACCACAUUUUUAGUGAGUGUAUUGAAUAUACGGUAUGUAGCAUUUUCUUGCAUACUUUUAUACAGUCUGUACACCACCGAUGCACUCGGUGCCUUGUUUCUUUUUGUACAAAACUAAUACUUAGAGAAACUGAUGUUAUCAUGUGUAAAACAAUGUCACUGCAAUUCAAGAGAUGUCUUAACCUGAUUAUUCCUAGUACAGGAGGUUUUAAAUGGCCGUUCAGUUCAACAUAGUGCAUUUCUUUCAUUUUUAAGCAAUCCCUUUUCCUUCCUCGUCCCCCUUUCCAAGAAACCUCCUCAUACAACUGUUUAUUCUUAAUUGAUUCCUGUGUCUGAUGUAAAUCACAUGGUGUUAACCAAAGAACCAAGUCUGUUUCUAAUUCUUUGGGCAAAUAAUGUUUGGACUUGCUGUUACUUAAAGACAGAAAUGAUAUAAUGGAUCUCUUUGAACAAAUAAUAAAAUAGGCUUCUGUAAAUGUGAUUCACAGCUGAAAAUUCAAGAUACCUCUUUUCUUACUGGUUGUGCACUAUUGUGUCAGUAGCAAAGUGUUUGAUUUGUAUUUCUUUGUGUGUUUUAAUCAAACUCACAAAACAAAUAUAAAUAAACAGUGCUGUCAAAUUAGCCUGUUUUACCCAUUUUAUACAUAUGUCAGAAGUUUACAACUUUGAGAACACAGGUAGGUUCAAGCUUUUCUGUGUCUGAAGUCCUGAUAUUAUAUAAUACUAUCUAGUGUAUACUGGUCUUACAGAAACAGACUCAUGCUGCAUUAUAUGUACAUUUCCUACUAGUAUCCUCUUUAUUGUAAAAUUUAUGUAAUAUAACACUAUUUUCAACUACUGUUUCAACUUGAAAUUCCUUAAAAUACAGUGCAUGUAUAGCCUUAAACGUUCAAGACACCGAGAAGUUUUAAAGGGAAUAGGUCUUAUUUGCAAGUCCUUUUUGGCAUAGAAAUCAGAAUAUUAUUUUUAUAUAUCAGCCUAUUAAAAAUUGCAGAAAAAAUGAGUGUGUUGCAGUGAUGGUACCAACCAUACUCAACUCCUAAAUAUAUGCAUUUGCAAAAAGCAUUUCUACUGACCUCUUUGGAGGUGAAAUAUCAAUGUUCCUUUUAUUUUAUUUCUUAUUUUGUUUUUAGAGCCUCUUCAGCUUUAUACUUUGAUUUAUGUACUGAAACCUGGAGCCCCUAACUAAUGUGUGUGACUGAAUUUGCCACUGUUUUCAGAAUUCCUUGAUCUUUUCUUCUCUGCUAUAUUUUAACUAAAUAAAAUUCUCUAUAAAUUGGUUUUACAUUUUGACAGUAACAAAAUCAGAGUGAAUGAUUUUUUUUUAAACUGUUUACAUGGCUUAUUAAGUUCUUAGGACUUUGUUUGAAACUGUCAUUAUAAUCCAGAUGAAGACAUACUUUUCAUGACAUUUCAGUCCACUGUCAGUGAAAAUGGAGUUCUGGCAGUGAAUAUGCAGAUCUGGACAUUGGGUGUCAAAUUGUAAAUCCCCAGAGGGUUUUAUAAUUACGUGUCACUUUGUAUCUACAGUAUCUCCAGUUGUGUAUUGUCAGAUACUUGUUGUUUUGUUUUCUUUAUUAUUAACUAGCAAAAAACUACUUUUAACAUUUUAUGCUUGUGUGUGUUAAUCUUGAGGGUUUCCAGUGUGUAAAAUUAGUUAAUCUUGUCAGUUCUCUUUCUAUAAAAAGCCGGUCUUUCAGCAUGUGUAUUUCAUUACAAUUCUGAUUUUGGGGAGAGGCAAAAUGCCACCAGCUCUUUGUGGUUAUAUUUACCUAUACAGCACAGGUAACUUUAAUUCCAUGUUGAUUUGAUGAAAACAUGCUGUAGUAUAUUUUCAAACCAUGGGUCUGUCACAACAUUAAAACAGUCAUUUUGCGUACUUGAA